AUGCUGGAUUUCACAUGGUCCGCGAUCUCUUGCAGCUGGCCUGCACCAACAGGACCUGGAACCAGCUGCGCUUCCCCGCAACGCCAACAGAUCGCGGACCAGUGCCACGAGAACUUCUAUUUCCGGUGCUCUCUUGACCAAAAUUAUCAUCUCGAGAUCUCCAGGAAUCAGGACGCAGCCUUAGAGCUUCUGCCCCGCCGCGAAAGACGCCUGGUCGUGCUGGCCAUGGCGAUGGGCUCCGAAAGUGCGGCUGCGGGCCUCCGGAUCUAUCACAUGAACAUCGGGAGCUGUGCUCGCAGACCGCCCGCGGGUAGAAAGCAUGGAAUUAGCUGCCGGAACGCCGCGGAGAAGCCCUCCGAAGACCAAUCUGGUGAGGACCUGGAGCUUACGAGUAUGACGCUGGGGCUGUUCGGACACGGGGGGGUGGUCGGCGUUUCCAACGCAACGCGCUUGCGGGAAGCCUGCGACGCCGUGAAUCGAUUUCUCAAGAGCCGCUUUCCGAACGGAGGGCGGGUGUGGAUCGAAGACGACGACCUCGCUGGAGACAAGAAAGGCGGCCUGCGGGGUCGGUGGCUGGACAUGCACGACAAGCCUGUUCGCUUCGAUGCUCGACGCUAUCAGCUCUCGCGGCUUUGUGCCGCAAGCCUAUGCUCGGGCGAGAAGCAGCAUCGGCAGGCGCUCAAAGAAGCAGGUUUUCCGCUUCCGAAAGUAAAAGUCUAA